UUCAGCGUUUACAAAUCAUAAUUCAUAAUAGUUAUCUAUCAUAACGAUGACAUCAACGAGUACAUCAAAAAUUAAAAACUACGUUUAGUUUUUUAAUAUUUUAUCUAUUACACCAAAUUAUAACUAGACAAGAUACUAUGUUGAUAAAUGAUUCGUUUAAAUUGACUGAAAACUAUAAUUAUUUAAGUUGUACUUGACACUAUCAAGGAUACUGAAUAGAAUUUAAAAAUUAUGUUGAUAGUUGAUUUGGAUUUAUAGAGAUAGGGAAAUUGUUCUUUGAGUUUGUCUAUUUAUUGAUUUAAAGAUUGUGUACAUUUUUACUAUUGUGCAAUUGUGCUGUUUAAAUUUUAAUAUUUCAAGAUGAUAAAAGAAUUAAGCACAGUUCGAGAAUGCAUAGUAAAUACAAAUCUUACAUUAAAAUCUAUAAUACAGGAUAUAUAUUCAUGUGAUGGUCCAAUUGAAUCUCUUACGCAAUUAAAUGGAGAUGGUAGAAAUCAAAUUAACAUAUUUAGAAAUUUAAUUGAAAACUUAGAGCUGUAUGCUCGAGAAGCGGAAAGUCAACAAGAACGAUCAGAAGUUUUAGAAGAAGCCCGUAAUCAGAGAGAAUAUUUAACUAGUAACAUUGCUUCAUUCAGAAAGGCUAAUGUAGAAUGUAUGGCGAGGAUCCACAAAAAAUCUAGUGAACAAUUAUUAGGUUCAAGCAAAGAAGAACAAGUUAGACAUAAGCUGAAAAUGGAUAAAGAAAAUUUAUUAAAACAGUCAUCAACUGUUACCAAUCAACUAUUAUCAGUCAGUAGACAAUUGGCAAGCACAUCUCAACAAAGCUUGGACACUCUUGAAACUCUCUUAAAAUCAUCUUCAACUGUAUCUAAUAUAAGCAAUGAGAUUAAAAAUGCCAAAGGAGCUUUAACUCAAUCUGAAAAACUUUUAAACAAAUACGGACAACGUGAAACAACUGACAAAAUUAUCAUUAUGUUUGCUUUUGCAUUUUUUUUAUGUGUUAUUGCUUAUAUUGUUCAAAAACGACUCUUUUGACACUAAAGAUUUAAGAUUAAAAUAUUUUUUAUAAAAUUUGGCAAACUGUACAAUAUGUAUAUAUUUAGAUGGAUAUG